AUGCGUCUCUCUCUCGCUGCCCUCGCCGCGACGGCCGCAUGCGCGAAUGCCUUCCGGGACACGAGCCCGUUUGUGAUGUUCUCGAACGCUGCAGUUCCUAGCAAACCCCUGAUUUACGCCCAACUCCAAUCCUCGCACUCCGUGCUCGAGACCGCGAAAGCGGUGCUGGGCGAAUGCCAAUCUGACGUCUACCUGGUGCUGGCGCAGCCGUCGAUCCUGUCCUCGGAAGUCCGCGAGAAUGCGCCGCAUCUCAAUCAUGCCGUGAGGAGCGCUGGGCUGGAGAAGAGUUUCAGUGUGUCGGAGGUUGUGGGAGCAACGGUGGCUGAUGGUGGGGAGAUGGUGGAUUUGCUGGUUAGUAGGUGUGGUGCUGAGAGGAUCCCUCUUGGGGAGUGGAAGGGGUUAGAGAAGGGAGAGGGGAAGAAAGUGGUCUUGAACGGCGUGUUGCCUGCUAUUGCGGGAGCGGAGCGGAGGAGGGCGGUGGGCGAUAACGGUAUGUCUUCCCCAGAAUCUGCCACCUACAUGAUCCAGCUGGUCCCUCAAAGAUUGUGGCUAAUAAAUUUGAAUGAUGUAGACGCAAAGCUCUUCUCUCUGUUGAGGAAGCUAGAGGGUACGCAGUACACAGUUAUCUACCACACGACGCCCGCGGACGUCGUUGCAGAGCAGGGCACAGAACAGAUCGUGUACGAAGCGAGCUUUGAGGACGUCGUGCAUAUGGAUUUGAAGCGGGAUUUAAGUGCUCGGGAGAAGAAUGCGACCGUGGGGGAUGUGCGACCGUUGUUUGAGAAGUAUCAGUUCUUCUCGCCUGGUCUCUUCAUGGGCCUUCUCGUCAGCCUCCUCCUUCUGUCCAUCCUGUGGGUGGGUAUCAGCGCUAUCUCCAGCUUGGAGGUUUCGUACGGGGCGUUCGACAAGGAGAUGGGUCCUGCAGCGCAGAAGAAACAGCAAUAG